CGGAAGGCUCUGCUUUGGCGGGAUACAAAACUUUUAGAUAACAUUUCUUCCUGCGUCUUCUGAAGCUUAAAGGUUUUCACUCACAAAUAAUCUUUCAGCCAAGUCGGGACGUGGUUAGGGGCCGUCUGAAAUCUUGGGAUGUGCCUAAGCUUGCCCGCUUGUGAAUUCUUGCUGUCAGGGUAGUAGGCAGUGGUUUGGGGCAGUCCAGAACGGGCCAAGAAGUAGCUCUUCAAAAAGCUCCAGAGAGGGUAAAAGAGAGAAAUCAUCGCUGUUCUUAGGAAGGAUCUGUGGUGUGGAAGGAAGUGCAGAGCGAUCUAGAUCAGGCAGAUCGCGAUCUGGGGCGCGGGGUCGAGAGUCUGGGAACCAGGGGAGCACGGGGGUUCCGUCUGAUGGCCGUGCAUGUUUGCUCAAGAUACUGCCUCAAAUGCACGGCGAGGAAAUGAUCUCGAAGCGGUGGGGUGGUGGAGAAGAUUCGUCCACACUGGAAACUGCGCGCCCGGGGUCAGCUCUUUCUGGCUGGGUGGGGCGGAGAGUCAGAGGACGCCCCGUGGCCCGUGUCGCACGUCACUCGCCUCUUCCAGGGCUGGGUAUAAAAGCCUCCACCAGAGCCCCAAGAGCACUCUUACUUCCUCUUCUUGCCUCGCAGCUACGCGCGCUCAGCGGGGAGCCUCACCCUCGUCGGUCCUGGAACCCAGGCAGGGGGUGGCGCCUGCAGGGGCAGUGCCGUGGUCGCCGCGGAUUUGCUAGCGCCCGCUUGCCUUCCUUUCCACCCGCUCGCCACCGCCGCUGACUUUCGAGUCUGACCCCAGCACCCCGUCGGUGCGACCUGGCCUCUGGACCCUAGCGGCGAGCGGGAAAGCGAAAGCGCUGGGCUCCGCGGAGGCGCCGCCCGGGGCCGCCUAAGUUUCGAUUCUCGCCGAGCGCGUCCGCGCGCCAUGGCGGACCCGACGGUCUGCUGCUUCAUCACCAAGAUCCUGUGCGCCCACGGCGGCCGCCUCAGCCUGGACGAGCUGCUCCGCAAGAUCGAGCUCUCCGAGGUGCAGCUCCUGGAGGUGCUCAAGGAGGCCGGGCCCGACCGCUUCCUGGUGCUGGAGACCGGGGACAGGGCCGGCGUCACUCGCUCGGUGGUGGCCACCACUCGAGCCCGCGUCUGCCGUCGCAAGUUCUGCGACAGACCCUGCGACAACCUGCACCUCUGCAAGCUCAACCUGCUGGGCCGGUGCCACUAUUCGCAGUCGGAGCGGAAUGUAUGCAAGUAUUCUCAUGAGGUUCUCUCAGAAGACAAUUUCCGGGUCCUCAAAAAUCACGAACUGUCUGGACUAAACCAAGAGCAACUAGCAGUGCUCCUCGUCCAAAAUGACCCAUUUUUCAUGCCCGAGAUAUGCAAAAGUUAUAAAGGAGAGGGUCGAAAACAGAUCUGUAACCAGCAACCGCCAUGUGAAAGACUCCACAUAUGCGAACACUUCACGCAGGGGAACUGUAGCUACCCCAACUGCCUCAGAUCUCAUAACCUGAUGGAUAGAAAGGUGCUGGCCAUCAUGAGGGAUCAUGGGCUGAGCCCCGACGUGGUCCAGAACAUCCAAGACAUCUGCAACAGCAAGCACAUGCGGAAGAACCCUCCUGGGUCCAAAACUCCUGCGCACCGUAGAGGUGGGGCAGGGAGAGGAAGGAGCAAGAGUAGAGACCGAGUCUCUCAGGACAGCAAGGAGUUCCCUUUCACCUCAGCUCACAAGUUGGGCACUCCCAGUCCGGAUGGCACCAGCAGCAGAGCUGCCCUGGAGGACAGGGCUAUCGACGACCUCACCCGAAAGUUAACGUUUCUGGAGAAUACGGCUCUCGCCCAGCUGUCCUCAGUCUCGUCUAAGGCUUCUGGUCUCGGAGGACCGGGUCAAGUGGGAGCGAGUCCGAGGUUCUCAGAGAAUGGCCUUCCAGAGGACCUCUUUUAUAGCAAUAAAAGCAAUCCUGCCUCGAAUUCCACCUCGGCCUCUAACAGGAAGAGCUCCCCAUCCUGGCUGAAUGUUCAGGGCACUGGGAAGGAGAGUGCACUCUUUCCGAGUCAAGCUGUGCCUGGUUCGCCUCUUGAUUCUACACAAACAUCCAAAGCCAUAAGCUCCAGAAUGCCGAUGGGAGUGCUUUCAUCAGACCACGUAAACAUCAAGGGCAAGAGUGGGACUCCAGACACCCGGCAAGUCCCUCUUUUCAAUAAUACUCAUGAUGGAGUGGCCAUGAACAUGAAUUUUGGAAUGAUACCCAAUGGCCAGAGAGAAAUAGCACUACCAAGUUAUCACCAGGACAGCAGAGCUACUCCCCUGGAUCACCAGAUUGGCAGCAUUAUCAGUGAUGACCCUGGAGUGGCAUUUCCGAAUGAUUCCGUAUCUGAUGUUGCAAGUACCACAUCUAAGACGGGUAAUCAUGGCACAAAGGACAUUUGUGUAGAUUAUCUGCAUAACUGUUGUCAACUUAACAGCAGCUGCAGCAAAAUUCACUUCCACCUACCCUACCAGUGGCAGGUGUUGACACACACUUGGGUGGACUUACCGAACAUGGAGAAGAUUGAGAAGGCCUACUGUGACCCCCAGAACUUCAUGAUUUUAAUAGGAAAUCAUACAGUUGAUUUCCAGAAAAUGACUUACAGUGUUAGGCCCAUGCGACGCUUGUCUACCCCUUCAUCUGGCACGAACCAGGCCAAUUCUGUCUUCACCACCAAGUGGAUUUGGUAUUGGAAUAAUGAAAGUGGCAAAUGGAUUCCAUAUGGGGAAGGGAGCAACAACCAGCCAGGUUCCGAUGUGGACUCUUCCUACCUGGAGUCUUUCUUUCAGAGCUGUCCUAGGGGAGUAGUACCGUUCCAGGCGGGUGUUCAGAACUACGAGCUGAGCUUCCAGGGGAUGAUUCAGACAAACAUAGUUUCCAAGACUCAGAAGAUUGUUGUCCGAAGGCCAACCUUUGUUUCCUCGCUGGAUGUGGAGCAGAUGAGAAGGAGGGCAGAUCCUCCGCGGGUGCGGUUCUCCGCUUCCAGUCAGCCUGUGCAGACCCCGCCAAAGGCUGCCGCCUCAACAUUUGCUCCUCAGAGGAAUGUCUCCUCUCUCCCCGCGAAGGGAUUCAAGUUGCUAGAUCUCAGUCACGAGUCUCUGGAAUAUGCCUCAAUAAGGGAUUAUUUUAAAGAGUCUAUGAAAAAUUUCAAGAUUGAAAAGAUAAAGAAGAUCCACAAUCCAGAGCUCCUCAAUUGUUUUGAAAGGAGGCGACUGAUGAUGACAGAGAAAAAGGAAAGACUUCUAUUUUAUGCAGCAAGCCGCACCCAAGUGGAUUCCAUCUGUGCGAAUAAUUUUGUCUGGACCUCACAUGGAACUCACGAAAACAAAUAUGGAAAAGGAAAUCACUUCUCAAAGGAAGCCAUCUAUUCCCACAAAAAUUCCCUCUACGAUGCCAAAAAUAUCGUUAUGUUCGUGGCCCGCGUCUUGGCGGGAGAUUUUAUUGAGGGAAACAUGAUGUACGUGAACCCUCCUCCGCCGUACAACAGCUGUGUGGAUACAAUGCUGAAUCCCUCAGUUUUUGUCAUCUUCCAGAAGGAUCAGAUUUACCCAGCAUACCUGAUUGAAUAUUCUGAAAUAGACAAAGAGAAAGACAAAGACAAAGAGAAAGCCUGUGUGAUUAGCUAGAGAUGAUGAAGGCAGCAUUAUCCAGGAUGCGAUAACCAUUUUCCCUGCAUAGAGGACCAAAUUGCUCUAGAUAAUGGUUACCCUUUUCUGUUUUCUAAGUUAUCUAAUGUCUUACGUCAGUCAUUCCCAAGCUUUGCUGUACAAAAAUUCCAAUGCCCUGGUUGUACACUUCCCAGUUAAAUCACACCUUGGAGUGAAAGCCAGGCAGUAGUAUUUUUUAAAAGCUCUCCUAAUAACUCCAAUGUUUUGGAAAGUUUGCGCUGUCUUAGCUGUAACUGGUCCAGGCUGGUUUCUAAAUUUCCUAUACGUAUACCAACCAUCUUCUCUCAUUUACUCUUUCUUUGAGUUUACUGGGUAACAUGGCUUUGUUUUGGUUCGAUUGAAAAAAAAAUCAAUUUGGAAACUUGGAAAGUAAGCUAAUACUGCCUGCUAAAAUAAGGACAAAAGAUGGUACAGCCUUGGGUGGAAGACUGUGAAAGCUGGGAAAAAAUGUGUAGGGAUAUGCUAAGAAGAAAAGUAGGAAGGGUAGCUAUAAACGCUGUUAUAGACAUAACCGCAGUGCUGCAUCUUAUCAUGUGAUGAUUUGAGAGCCUAUGUCUGUUUCUACAUUUAGUUACGAGACAGACCCCACGGAGUUGGCUCUUUCUGGAAUGCAGUCAGAAAGGCCUCCAACUGAAGUUGGAUUCUUUAAAUAAUUAUGGCAAAAUAGAGAUGUAUGUUCUAAUUACCCUAAUUACAGAGAAAGCUUCCCCCCCAGGUCAGGCUUUCAGGAAAGUGUAUAUAUUUUAGGAGAAAUGAGCUGUAGUAGUAAGAGUCAUAUAAACAUACAUUCAAGUGCUAUUGUGGUCGUUUGCAUGGUAGAUGCGGCUCUCAAGAAAUUAGUAGCAGGGCCAUCCCACAAGGGGAUGGGCCUCUGAUGGAGGUGUGAUUUGCUUUCUGGUGAGCACACAUUUAGAACAAAGGGAACAAUGUCCCAAACAGGCCUCAUGCCUGCUAGGGAUUUAUUUGUGUAAAUAUAGUGGAUUCUGUGGAAUGGUCAUAGUUUUUACAGCUAUUGAAGUGCCCGGGCCAAUACUGCCUUCCUGCCUUCCUGUGAAUGAGAUUUUUCCUUCUAAUUUUCCUUUUUCAACAUUCCGUUCCUGUGGCCAAAAUUUCCCACUAGAGUUCCUUCUAGCAGACAUGUUACAAAUAAUUCACUGGCAUUAGAGUUGAUUUUUAUAUUAGUCAGAUUUUAGGACGGUACAGAAAGGUUCACAGUUCUCCAUCAGUAACAAAUGUCGGCUUUUUUAGAGUAUGGUUGUUUUCUGGGAGCUUGCCACAAAUGAUUCUUCUUAUUCAUUUUUCCCCCCCCCCAGGGGUUUCCACCUCUUGACUUUAACCCUUGCGCUGUAGAGGUGUAAUGUAUGCAGCUCUUGCUGGCUGCCCAGGAAACACCUCAAGCUGGAUAUUUUGCAGGGACCUGCGGUCCAAAAUGGAAAUCUUUAUCUGCUCCCUCAGAGGAAUCCGUUCGUAGCCUGAGUAAAAACAAUCACUGGAUCCAUUGUGUUCAAGCAGAACUGCAGUCGCUGGGGCUCCUCACACGUUGGAGUCAUUCCCAAAUGCAGUUUUACCUCUUGCACAUUUCCAUGUUCCCUUCUAAUCUGUUUGCUCCUUAAUGGCAAUUUAAAAUUUUACUUAAUGGGAUUGCCAACCCAACCCGGAUCGCAUUUUUUUUAUUUUUUAUUUUUUGGUCU